AUGACGGAGUACCGUGGUACACCUUCGUGGCCCCAUGACCGGGACAACCCAGACGACCCGGGCGAACCGGAUCAUGCGACUCGUGAAAAAGGAGCGGAAGAGUUAGAUGUGAACGUGAGAUAUACCGGCAACGUCGUCAACUAUCAUUAUCCUCGCGGUAAUAGUGGUAGUGGUAGUGACGGCGGUAGUGACGGCGGCGGUGACGGUGGUGGUGCUGGUGAUGGUGGUGGUGGUGGUGGUGGUGGUGGUGGUGGUGGUAACGGUGGUGGCGGUGCUGGUGUUGGUAGUGGUUGCGGUGGUGGUUCUGGUCGUAGUGGUGGUGGUGUUGGUGAUACUGGUGGUGGCUGCGAAGCUGCUGCUGCUGCUGCUGCUGCCCCUGGCGAUGACGAUGGUAGACGACGUUUAUCCUUCGCGGAGCUGGGCGAUCAAGUGAAACGACGUUCAAAGAGAAUCUUCGGAUGA